UCAGUUUGCGUUCGGUUAUCGAGAGAGUCAGUACCUAAACGUCUAAGGGCUUGGUUGUACGGGAAUCGUAGUGCAUAGCAGCAAGUUGGGUAUAUUGUAUACACGAUCACAGCAUGAAGGAAAUUGUCGUGAUCGGUGCGGGUGUGAAUGGACUGUGUGCCGCCGUUCAGCUUGCUGAGUAUUACUACGGGGUGGCCAGCGUGACGCUGAUUUCUGAAGAUGUAUCGCCGGCGACGACCGGUGACGGAUCGGCAGGACUAUGGGGCCCGUACUACUGUGGCAAAACUCCGGAUCAUAAGAUUGUCAAAUGGUCGACCGCCACGCAUGUGUUUUUUCAUCAACUGUGGCAAAAUGGACUGGCCUCCCGAAUCGGAGUCAGCCUACAGCCCUGUGUACGGCUGACCACAGAUCCGGAUGGUUACCCGGAACCAUCCUGGAAAGAUAUCGUAUACGGGUGUCAGAAACUCUCUCAAACCGAACUUGAUCGAUUGAGCUACGAACACGGGCGAAGCUACACCGGAGGAUACCAUUUUGCUACCUUCACUUGCGAGCCGUCUGGGCUGCUGCCCUAUCUGUUUAAUCGGUUCGUUAAUGUGGGUGGCAAGUUUGUCCAAGCAAAGGUGCAGAGUAUUGAUAGUGUAUUGAACAAUCGUAAGGUAGAUUUGAUAAUUAAUUGCACAGGACUAGGAUCGCUAGAAAUGUUGGGUGAUAAGGAGGUCCUUCCCAUUCGGGGUCAAGUAGCGAGAGUUUUCGCUCCUUGGAUUUUCGAGAUAACUUUGGACGAUAGCGACGAUGGAAACUAUAUCAUUCCGAAUUCCGAAACAGUGAUACUUGGUGGAACACAUCAAAUGAACGACUUCAAUCGUAACGUUAGUUCCACGGAUAGUAAAUUCAUUUUCGACGGAUGUGAACGCAUGCUGCCGAGUCUUAAGAAGGCCCCGAAAGUUAAGGAGUGGGUCGGCUUGCGACCUGGGCGAAAUACAGUACGACUGGAGCUGGAACAUUACAAAGCAGGAAAGCGAACUAUACCAAUAAUUCACAAUUACGGUCAUGGCGGAUGCGGAGUAACACUUUGCUGGGGUUGCGGAACAGAAGUUCUUCAUCUCAGUAAAGGGCUAGGUUUCCAUGGCGACACAAAGUCUAAACUUUAAAGAACCGGAUAAGUUCGGAUUAAUCAAAUAAAACUGAUGACUGUUACAUGAAAAAUCAAAUACUUUUAUUUCCCACAAUUAUAUACAUUGUGAAAUAUAGUGUUUGGAUGUAGAUAAUAAAAACAUAUACGCGUCCUUACCGUACUGGUUUA